CAGGUUUGGAUAGGCCGUCAUGACGUCAAAUACGUGCGACCAGUCAAAGCCAACGACGAGCAUCAGGGUGAAACCCCAGAGUCGAAACCGAGGUGACACAAUGUAUAACCUGUCCGUCGAGGGUGCCUGUACGUUCCUUUGCAGUCAUAAUUCUUCAACAUUGCAUACAACACCGUGCAAUUCAGUAGAAGCCUUUCCCUAUAGCGUCGCAUUUACGGCCUGACGUGCAUACUCCCGCACAGCUUCAGAUUAUCUAGUUCACAAAAAGAUACAGCAUGCAUCUAUUAACAUAGGCUGCAGAACAGUUAUAAACCGGAGCCACAGACGCGGACUCAUUUCUGCUGCGCCCUAGCUGAGGGUGCUAGCGGACCUGAAAAUUGGUGAACUACGGAUGUGCCUAGGUGGCGUAGCCUCAGUCUGGCGACGCGGACUUGCGGUGGUCGUGACCAUCAUGUGUCUUCUGCCCAGCGCAUCGGGCCAAAGCGCUGAGGUCCAAGUGAAUACGCCGCAAGAGCUCAGGGCUGCUCUUGACGCAGGGGCCACCAAGGUGGCAGUUAUGGACAACCUCGCCUUUACAACAGAAAACUGGCCGAGUGCGGUUCAGAUUGUGCGCUCCGUGAUGCUGUAUUCCCCGUACCGCGUGAAGCUCGACCUUUGCGGAGCCAAUCAGAAGGCACGGCCGCUGUUCAACGUCACCAGCGCAGGGAGCCUGCUGGUGCAGCGAUUCUUCCUGCGCAACCUGAUGCCGUCCACGCCCCAGGACCUCACCGGCUUGGGGCCUGUGCCAGCGUUCCUCAGCAGCGGCGGCCGGAUAUCUUUUAGCGUCGUGGUGUUCCACUUCCUGCCCUCCACUACUUGGGUGUUCACGGCACCGGCGGAGCAGAGCUUUUGGGCACGUGAGCACAACGUCAUGACGGAUAUGUACACGGGCGGCCUGCUGCAACUGGAGGCGCCGGCACUGUACGUGCUUGCGUACUCCUCUCCUCAGUACUCGGUGGCGGUGUGCUACGCACCGGUGGACCUCGAGGGCUGCUACGCAGACAACGACGACAAAACCACCUUGGUCUACUGCCUAUACACGUUCGCUGACGCGUUGCGCAACCCGCACGUUCGAUACGCGCGCAUCUUCCACGAUGUUGGCGUGGACCGUGUAGCCUACAACCCGCGCAACCCCAUCGUGCUCACCGCCCCCAAGACUUACUCCGCUUGCCCUGGGGCGCGGCCCAGCAUCAACAUGGACGCCGUGUACGCGGGCGUGGCGGUGCGCGCACCCCUGGAAUUAAUAGGCCUGCGCUUCCGCGGCUCUCUGCCCACCAACUAUACUACGUGGCCGCGCAACCUCCCGCUUUUGCUGGGCCUGAUGAACAACGAGGGCACAGGCUCUGUGUCCAUCAUCAAUAGCACAGUGGAGGUACCCGACCUGGCAACAACCGUGCGCGUGCUCAAGUCCCUGCCGAGCAAGGACACCGCUGAGCCGUCGAGGCCAAACCUUCAGCCGACAGUGGACGCCUGGCCCACAGCCGCCGCGCUAGCAGAUGCGCAGGCGAUGGUGGACUCGUCCAAAGUCGUUGCAGGCGGCGGCUGGAUUGUGGACGCCUGGGCGUUUCGCACCUUCAACAUUCAACCCUCAACUGGCCUCGUGAACAACUUUAGCGUCAUGCCGACCCUGCCCGCCGCGCCCGGCUUCCACAUCAGCAACUGGGUGCUGUCCCAAAAUUCGUGGCAGCAAUUUGCCAGCCUGAACGUAUACGACUCUCUCAGCACGCCCAGCGCUGCUGUGUGGCGCUUCAGUAAUGUGCGAGUGGAGCAGGCCAACAUCACCAACGUGCGGUCGAUGUGCUUUGGCGCUGCCAUAGAGCAGGGCUCAGCCAUGCGAAGCCAGGUGGCUGUGGUGGCUACGGACGUGCAGCUGCGUGCGGCUCUGGCUCGCGCGGCUCGCUACAUUCAGGUGGUGUCUGACAUCAAGUUGGACCCCGCCAACUGGCCCUCCGGCGACAACGCGCUGCUGGUAGAGGCCGGCAUCAUCGAGGUGCGCGGCUGCCACCCGCUGCCCGGCAUGAGGUACACCAUCGACCUCAGCAACCUGCGAGGCGUGGUGCGCAGCUCGGGCCGGUUGCUGUUGCAGGGCAAUCUGCGCUUCGUGAACCUGGCCUGGCAGUCACUGUCGGCGACUGACGUGAUGAAGGUGGCGAGCGGCGGCAUGGACCUGUCGCUGCUGGGCGCGUUCGAGGUGGUGCUCAACCGCGCCGGCGGCGUGGGUACCGUGGAGAUGGAGGGAGUGGUGCUCCAGGAAAUGCUGGGCGCGCCCGGCAACGGUGCGCUGCGCCCUUCUGACCUGCUGGCUGUGCUGCACCUCAACGCCGUCACACCUGAGACCCGGCUGCGCAACGUGACUGUGGGGAGCAGCGCCGUCAUGCUGGGCAUGUGGGGCAUGGACCAGUGGGGCACGCAAUCGGGUUCCUGGAUUUUCAUCAACACCGAGUUGCAGUGGGCGCCGUCGGAGCUAGUUGCCUCUACCGCGAGCAAUGACAGUGGGACCGAUGAAGGUGCUUCAACGAACGUGGUCGUCAUUGCCGUGCCGGCGGCUGUGGGCGGCGCAGCGCUGUUGGCUGGAGUGAUCUUCGGAGUCAUCUACCUGCGGCGGAGGCACCAGAGUAGCGGCAGCAACAGCGUCAAAGCCGCUGGUUACGCCUGCAAGGAUACGGAGGAUGGCGGCGGCGGCCGUGAAGUUACCGACACGAGUUCCAGCAACUCCAUUGCCGGUGACAUGGGCGCUGCAGCGGCAGACCCCAUGCGGCUUACUGGCAAAGGCGACGGUCCUGAAUUGCUGGGCUCGGGACACGGCACCGAUGUGUUGAUUGCGGCUGGCGCGCACACAACCCCGCGCGCCAGCACCGCGCCGGAUGGCCCAGCAAGCAGCCGCGGGCCUCUAAAUGACAUCGACGCAGCGAAGCGCGCCAUCGCCGCCGGCCGGCCCACCGUGGCGCCGAGCAGCCGCACUGCCGUGGAUGAGCUUGAGCUUCAGGCAGUCCUGGGCGAGGGCAGCUACGGCCGCGUGUACCGUGCGCUGUGGUGCGGCACCACCGUGGCCGUCAAGGUCAUCCUGCUGCCGGCGCACAUGAGCGGCCGCGAGCGCCACGAGCGCAUGGCGGUGAUGGAGGCAGCUAUCAGCAGCAGCCUCAGCCAUCCCAAUGUGGUGCAGACUUACACAUACACGGUGGAGGAGGUGCAAGGAGCCAAGGCCCGGGCGGCGUCACGCCUUCAACACGAGUCAUUAAAUCACAGCACGAACCCGAACUCGGUGCCGGCCAUGCACCUACUGUCCUUUGGAACCCGGAACGAUGCUAGCGGCACUGGUGGUGGCUGCGCUUCCAACAACUCUGACUUGGUCGGCUACGAGAUCCGGCUGGUUCAGGAAUUUUGCGACCAGGGCAGCCUGCGCGACAAGCUCAAUGACCUGGUCUUCCUUAAACCGGCGGCGCCGCUUGCUGCUGCCACCGCUUCUAACACGGGACCUGAUCGGCACAUGUCGAUGCCGGGGAACUCGCCUGUUGCUGGCGCAAGCGCGGACGUGGCGACGCCUGGCCGCGUUGGCAGCGCUCGCAACCUGCCGACCGGCCGCAGCAGCGUCAGCGUGACCUCUGAGCACGUUAACCGCGUGAAGGGCUCGGCUGGCAUGGCGCCCACAAACCCUGUACUGGUGGUGGACCUGGCCGCGGUGCUUGACACCGCCAUCGACAUUGCGCGCGCCGUGGCGCACCUGCACCGCGAGGGUAUCGUGCACGCGGACCUCAAGCCGCGCAACGUGCUGCUCAAGGGCUCCACACACGACCCCCGAGGGUUCGUGGCCAAGGUGGCUGACUUCGGUCUGUCCAUGCGGCUAGACCACGACGAGACGCACAUCAGCAACGCCUUUCACGGGACGCUCGCUUACAUGGCGCCCGAGACGCUGCUCCAUGGGCACGUGUCCCGUGCCAGUGACGUCUACAGCUUCGGCAUCCUGCUGUACGAGCUGUACAGCGGCGAGACGGCGUACACGGACGUGCCCAAGGCGCUGCUGGGGCACGCCAUCACGAAGGACAACCUGCGGCCCGUGUUCCCGCCGGCCCUGGGCGCGCCCUUUGAGUACCAGCUGCUAGCAUGCCGCUGCUGGGAGAGCAACCCGGAGAUAAGGCCCGAGUUUGACUUCAUCGUUGACGAGCUAAAGCGCCUGCGCUGCCGGCUGUGCGGCUCGGCUGACGGGUGCAGCGCCUUUGGCAGCAACACCGGCGCAGCCAGUGCACGGCGUACGGAUGCAGGCACCACGCUGCUGAACGGCGCUCGCCUGAUGGUCCCGGACCGGAGCCUCAGCUGCAGCAACACGGCCGGCACCAUUCUCCAGCCCAGCCUCAAGGCGCGGCCUGCAGAGCAGUGGGGGAUGCCGUCCAUACGCGACGACGAGCUGGCGCAUGAGGAUGAACAUUUUGUCGCGAACACGGGCGGUGGACUCCGCAGCGGCUCCCUUGACCACACCUGCCGCUCGGACGCUGAGCUUAAGGAGCUGCAUUAGUAGCGCGGAAGCAGCAGGGUAAUGCACCAUUACAAUGGAUUGUCAUCAGCAAGUACGGCGUUGCUUGUCAUACUAUAUCGCACGCACGGAUUGGCGCAUAUGUUAGCACUAGCAGCACCGCAUCUGUGCCAACUUGCUUGGCAGCGCUGAACUUGAUGUAAGAGGUCCUCCACACGGAAAGCAGUGCGUACCUCCAUCUUGUACAUUCCUUAAUUUCUUAAUGGCAGUUUGCAGGAUGGAUUGGUUCGUGCUGUAAGUGUUAAGGGUACCGAUGCGUUGAAAAUGAGGAUUGGUGAUUGCUACAGUGGGCCAAUGCUGUCUGUUUGAUAUGCCUUGUGAAUCAACUCAUUACUGUUGCGCUCAAGUAGUUAUGUGCAUCAUUCAUCAAUCAGACUCUAAAGCAUACAUUGAGAAAUGACCUAUACGGUACCACAUUGCGCAUCUAGAAGAAAUAGCGCACGGUUGAGGAGGAUGUAGGGCGACCACACUGUCAUCUCUUGGUGACGUUCAACGCCUUUGAUAGGUCCCUCUGUCGCAUGCCGUUGUAGCCUGGCAAGUUCCAAGGCGAUUGACAGUUGACUGAUAGCAUCACUGGCAGAAGGAUGGUCCCUGAUGGUCAGGGGAGCUAGAGCCGCUGGUGGUUCGUCAAAAGCGGUACAAAAGGGAUGUGCACAUUAUCUAAGUGUGUUGAAUGGCAAUUUCCAAUUACCUAUACCAUAUCGCGCAUUUACAGCCUAGAAUUACAAGACUACGGCGGGCUGGGAGGCAGGCUUUUUACGCUACACGGAACUGGGGCCGAACAGGCGGCUCAGGCGCAACGACCAGGGCAGCCAUUUAUUGAGAAUGCUUUUCAGACCAGUUACUCACGCCAGUUACUGUACACCCUCACCAGUUGCCGGGCCACAGCGAACCUGCUGUUGUAACCUGACCUUGGC